UGGAGUCUCGUGGCUGUAGGACUCUUGUUGUUUCCCACAUCUCAACGUUCAACAUCAUGUCAGCUCUUCUCAUUGUUUUUCUUCACUUCAUUGCUGCCGCGACGUUGGAAUCCACUUCUGACAAAGAGCCGGCGGUGUGGGCGUUCCCAUCAUCGCACCUGCGGCUAAUUCCAGCAACUCAACAGUUGUAUAUAACGCCGGCGACCCAAGCCAACGUUGCCGAGAUAUUUGCUUGCUGUUCGCCAUUUGACACCAGUACUUUCGAGGCUCGUUGGAAUUGCUAGUUUAUGCGUCAGCUGUUUUUUCGUUCGGUGAUUCCUCUACCUUGUGCAGGUAUUGAGUGUGAUUAUUUUUGUUAUCUUGUUGGCUCGCUGCCCACCGCUUAGUUUAGUGUUAUUUGAUCCCCGUCGACCUCUUGUCACGGACUCCUUUUGUUAUUCUCCCUUUUUCCGCGAUCGCGUGUUUUUUAGUUGUAUUAAAAACCCCUUUUUACUAUUCCCUCUGUUUCUUGUCUGCUCUUUGGUCCAAUCUUGUUUUCCGCGUUCGCGGACCGUAACAAACAGAAAUUGUGUCGAAAUUAAAGCCCACAACAUGCUGCCUUGACAUCCUUCCUUCAAACUUUUUCAAAACUGUUUUUCAUUGCAUAGCCCCAGACAUACUUCAGAUUAUAAAUACUUCCCUCCAAACAGGAGAGUUUCCUCAGACUUUAAAAACUGCAGUAAUAAAACCUCUCCUAAAAAAACCUAAUCUGGAUGCCUCAACCAUUAGUAAUUACAGGCCAAUAUCAAAUCUGACAUUCCUGGGGAAAAUUAUCGAAAGGGUUGUGUUUGAACAGAUCCAGACUUUUAUGAUGCAAAACAAUCUUUUUAACUCAUUUCAGUCUGGAUUUCGGCCACAACACAGCACCGAGACCGUGCUUAUCAAAGUCCUAAAUGAUAUUCGUCGGAAUACCGAUGCAGGCAAAUCAUCUGCUCUGCUACUAUUGGAUCUCAGCGCCGCAUUUGACAUGGUUGAUCACAACAUACUACUCAGCAGAUUGGAACAACUCAUCCAUUAAGUACCCACAUCUCACUAGCUGUGUGUCUAACAACAUGGAGACUUUCUACUGUCGAUGGGAUGUUGGAACCAUGCAGAGCCUUUCAAAUUCAGAAGCUGUGCGCUUAUUCUUCAUGGCCAAAAUACGCCUGCAACCAUCUUCAAAUGAGUGGCAUGAGUGUCCCCAUUACCCACCGGAGAAAUUAAAUGAGUGUUUCUUCAGUGAAAAUUACACUUACAUUUGGAGCGAAUACAGCAUUCAGCUCAGGUCAAGGGAUAACACCAUUCUUUAUGAUGAGAAAACUUUCAACGUCGAAGACAUUGUGGAACCAGAUCCGCCUCUCGACCUAAACUGGACAAUGCUGAAUGCGAGUUCGACAGGCAGCUUCUAUGAUAUAUUGCUCAGUUGGUUGCCACCUCCAUCUGCAGACGUAAAGAUGGGAUGGAUGACAUUGGAAUAUGAGGUCCAACAACGUAAAGCAGAUUCUGAACACUGGGAUACGCAGGCUGAACUUGUAAAAAGCACACACCGUACUCUGUAUGGGUUUCAAAGUAAUGUCAAUUAUGAAGUUCGAGUCCGCUGCAAAAGGCAUGGUGGAAAGAAGUUUGGCGAGUUCAGCGACUCUCUAGUUGUCCACGUCCCAUUGGAAGCGUCAAGAUUUCCUGUUGUGGCUUUACUCAUCUUUGGCACCUUGUUCUUGAUAGCCAUCAUGACGUUGGUUAUCUUGUCGCAGCAAGAAAAGUUGAUGGUCAUUCUUCUACCACCUGUUCCUGGACCUAAAAUAAGAGGAAUUGAGCCUGAACUUCUCAUGAAAGGCAAAGUGGAUGAGCUGACAUCCAUCCUGGGUGCCCCCCCUGAAUUGAGGCCAGAGCUGUACACCAAUGACCCCUGGGUGGAAUUCAUUGAUCUGGAUUUUGAGGAGCAGGGCGACAGAAUCGUGAACCUAGACAGGGAUUUGCUCACGGAUCGAUCAUUGCUCUCGAACUUUGCACACCUUUCCAUCGGUUUCAGGGAUGACGACUCAGGUCAUGCAAGCUGUUGCGAUCCUGAUCUUGGUAGUGAUGCGGACACCUCUGGCACCGCUGCUGCUGCUGGACUUUGCUCUGUAACCUCAAUUACCACAGCGGGAAAUACUCCUUUAGAAGUCCCUGUUAGAGAGGCAAUGUAUACGCAGGUGAGCGAAGUUAAGCCAUAUGGCAAGGUGCUGUUGUCUCCUGAAGAUGAAAUGGAGUAUAACACUGCUAAGGAUGCUAAAGAAAUCAAAACAGCAGAAAAUAAGAAGGCCAAGUAUGACUUUCAGCUCGUUGUAUCUUCAGAUCACAGAGGUUACACUUCUGAGCUCAAUGCAGGAAAAAAUAGUCCAACAAGGGAAGACGUAAGUUCCCUCACAUCAUCACCAGAGGACUAUCAGAAACCUUAUCAUGAGUCUGUUACGAAUCCCACAUCCUAUAUCACCCCUAGUCCCGUCUAUACCGUAGUAGAGAAUGUCGAUAGGCAAAACAGCCUCGUAUUAACACCAAAUUCGAUACCUGCCCUGGUCGUCUUAAAAGCCUUGCCAACAACAGAUGGCUACCUAACACCAGACCUUUUAGAAAAUAUUACACCUUAAACCUGCAGCAACCUUUCUAAAGUUCAAAUUAUUCAGUCAGUACCAGAGACAAACAUCUAAAACAGUCUUUAUGAUUGAUGACUUAGAGUCUUAUGCUUCGGUGUUGAGUGUCAGUUCCACUAAAAUAGAAAGGGAAAAGCUGUCCUGCCACCCACUGUUCAGCCUAUAGUCUUUACGACCCCUUGUGGCAAGGAUAUGUAUUACAUUAGAAACAUAAGGGAACUUUGACAGUAACAUAAGAAGUUGAUUAAUUUGCUGUAAUUCUGAACUGUAAACCCCCAUAUAUCUGUGAUUCGGCAUUAAUGAAUUUGCACAUUCUCAUAUUUGUUCUGUUAUUUGCUCUGUUUGUGGUCUGAACAAGAGCAAUUAAAAUGAUAAGUAUUUUUGGCGCCAUUUGAUGUGAUGUUGUUAGUCAUCGAUAUUAUUUUGAGUUGUCAUGUUAAUGUUGUUGGUCUUUGAGUUGACCUGCUGUGCUGUUGGUGGUCUUCGAAUGCACCAUAUACAGCAGUCAAAGGGAAAAUGUGUGUAUUCCCUCAAAUAUUACCGAGUGUAUGUAAUCUGCUUUACCGUUUCUAUGUUUGUAACGUUUUGUGCCCACGUGUGAUUUCAUGUGUUUUUCUGUGUUUUUAUGGUGGUAUGCUUGCGACCAGUAUUUAUGAGCCGUAUGUGUAUGUGGUUUGUGUUUAAUUUCACUACUGUACUGAGUAGAGUAAUUUAAAAAAAAAAAAUGUCCAAGAUGGAUUAGUGUUGAUACUUUAUUAUUCUAUUAAGUGCUUUGCCACUAUCAAUUAUUUGCAGAAUUUUGUUGUUUUUGACUGGUUUUUAUCUUUAUGCCUUGUGAUUAAGGGUUCAAUGUAUUAUGCCACGCAUUAUUAGUAUUUCUUCAUGAUUAAGUUGUAGCCAUUUUACCAAAGUUUAUUAUUCAUUACCUCCCAGAAAAAUGACACUAUUCAUUUUUUUCCCAGUUAUUAAAGGCCUCUGCCUGGUUUCAGUCAAGGAGAAGUGUAUAUUUUACAAUUAACAUUUUUAAAAUACAUGUAUAGGUGCAUUUCAUAUCAUUAGAUUGUUGUGU